AUCCUAACAAACCUCCUUCUUCCUGCUCAUCCGCCUAUGGAGCUUCCCUACCCUGUGAAGCAGUCUCCGCCUAGUCCGGCGGCUGAUAUUCCGGCAACCGUUCCCAGCAACGAUAACAAUAUUCCUCCCACUAAUUACGUUUCAAAUUUCAAUUUCCCUGUCGGUUAUCGGUUUUGUCCUACGGAUGAUGAGCUGAUUCGUUACUAUCUCAAGAAGAAGGUCAUGAACCAGAAAUUGCCUCACGAAAUUCCGGAAGAGAACUUGUACAAGCACAACCCGGACGACCUUUCAGCAAAGUAUAAAAUGAUUGGGAAAAAAGAGUGGUACUUUUUCACGUCAAGAUCUAGAAAGUACCCCAAUGGUAAUCGACCAAAUCGAGCCGUAGGGAGUGCUGAACCCGGGGUUGUGAAUGGCUACUGGAAGGCAACUGGGUCUGAUAGAGAAAUCAAGUAUGGAUCAAACAUCAUAGGGUUCAAAAAAACUUUAGUGUUCUAUGAAGGAAAACCACCAAAAGGCUUGAAGACGAAGUGGAUCAUGCAGGAAUUCAGAGUCAAUGACGCCCAACCUGGUGGAACCACAAUCAAGGGAAACGAUGGCGACAACAUGAGGUUGGACAAGUGUGUUCUCUGUAAGAUUUACAAGAAUGCUGAUAAUUCUACAAGGGAAGAUGCAAGAAAAAAUGAAGACCUUGAACUCAACACACAACAUGGACAAAGCAUAGCACUGAAUAACAAUGAUGUCACGGUAACGAAUUCAGAGCAGGCUACCAAUGAACAUCGGAGUUAUGGCCAAACAAUGCCACCAAAUGAUAGGGCAAUUGAUGGAGGUACAACUGUUUAUGAGUAUGGGUCGGGCUCAUUGAUUCAAAUUGGAAUGCCGAUUUCAUAUCCCAACCACUCUUUAACCCAUGCAAAUCAACCCAUAAUUAGGGGUGGUAGUCCAUUUUCGCUGCCCAAAACACCCACACCCCUUAACUUCUAUUGUGAUGCUAACACACUUGAUGAGAUAUACAACUUGUGGACUUGGGGCCCCGAGGAUGACAUUGAGGAGGAAAUUCUAAAAACACAGAAGUUUUGAAACUCUCGUCCGAAAACACGGAAAUUUAGUUUAGGGUUUGAAAACACGAGACAUUGAGAACAAAUUCGAGUAACUCGAUCCACCGUUGAUGAUUAAUGGAUCGUGUAUGUUGUUGGGCCCGGACUUACUAGCAGGCCAGCCCGUCCCGUCAGUAUGUAUUUUGGAUAUAUGUUACUUAUGGCCUCAAAUAAUUGUAGCCCAAAUGAAUUAAUAACAACACGAAGUGGAUAAGCAUACUUGGGGAUAUAGGCG